ACAAAGAUGGCCGCAAGUAAGAAGAUCUGGGUCGUUGUCAAACGAUUUGAUGUGGAUGAUGAAAUUGCAGACAGUGAUCAUGGUGAUGCAGCGUCUAUGGACAUCAAUGACAACGAGGACACUGAAAUGGUCAGACUCGCACUGAGAAAUACAUUCAGCAUCAGCGAUCCGGACCUCAUCCUCAAGUUGCGGAACACGAGGGGUUCCCUCAUCCCAAUCAACAGCAGGAUUGAGGCCAACUCGAACGAUGUACCCUAUGUACUGGAGGUUGUGAGACUCUAUCAAAAUGUGAUGCCAUGUGAGAGGUCAGUCCAGCUCAGCAGAUACAGGGACACUGUCAGGACCAAACUGUCCGAGAUAACCAUGAGGCUGCAGGCUCUGGAAACAGCCACACCAGAACUGAACAACAGACGCUCAGAGAAAAUCAAAGCUGAGAUGGGGAGCUGGACCAGAAGAUUGAGUUCCUGAAGAAGAGGAUCAGCGAUGCCGACAGCGCCAACUGGCGGGGCAUGUUCAAGAAGAACCCAAUGUGGUGAUCCUAGGUGGAGGACGGUCAACACCACACCCACCUAGAGGACACUGGAUGUAGGAUGUGAUACAUGAUUCGGACCUUGAAACAGUGGACGGCAGAAUAUUUGCCUGUGUUACUAAUGGUUGUUACUACAGUUGCAGAUUGCCCUUGCUUGGGCAAGCUAGGUGAAAGUGUUCAGUCUUUCCAAAUAUAUAUGGACACCUGAUGAAUAUGACUUGUACAGUCCAUGGUAGCAUUGUUCACGACCUUCAAUGGUGGUGAUUGAAGUGGAAUUGUUCAUAAACAUCAUGGGCGAUCAAAGUUGCCUUGUACAUGACCAUCAGAAAUUGUCAAAGUGGCAUUGUUCAUGAUCAUCUCUCAUGUUAAUCAAACUGGCAUUGUUCAUAAACAUCAUUGGAGGUGAUCAAAGUGGCAUUGUUCAUGACCAUCAUUAGCAAUGAUCAAAAUGACAUUGUUCAUAAACAUCAUUGGAGGUGAUCAAAGUGGCAUUGUUCAUGACCAUCAUUAGCAAUGAUCAAAAUGACAUUGUUCAUAAACAUCAUUGGAGGUGAUCAAAGUGGCAUUGUUCAUGACCAUCAUUAGCAAUGAUCGAAGUGGCAUUGUUCAUAAACAUCACUGGAGGUGAUCAAAGUGGCAUUGUUCAUGACCAUCAUUAGCAAUGAUCAAAGUGACAAUGUUCAUGACCAUCAUUAGCAAUGAUCAAAAUGACAUUGUUCAUAAACAACAUUAGCAAUGAUCAAAGUGACAUUGUUCAUGACCAUCAUUAGUAAUGAUCAAAGUGGCAUUGUUCAUGACCAUCAUUAGCAAUGAUCAAAGUGACAAUGUUCAUGACCAUCAUUAGCAAUGAUCAAAAUGACAUUGUUCAUAAACAACAUUAGCAAUGAUCAAAGUGACAUUGUUCAUGACCAUCAUUAGUAAUGAUCAAAGUGGCAUUGUUCAUGACCAUCAUUAGUAAUGAUCAAAGUGGCAUUGUUCAUGACCAUCAUUAGUAAUGAUCAAAGUGGCAUUGUUCAUGACCAUCAUUAGUAAUGAUCAAAGUGGCAUUGUUCAUGACCAUCAUUAGUAAUGAUCAAAGUGGCAAUGUUCAUAAACAUCAUUAGUAAUUAUCAAAGAGGCAUUAGCCACCACCAUCAAAGUUACAUAACCCAGCCUCAUAAAAAAGUAACUAUACCAGACAAUGUAAUUUCAAGUGUUUUCUGUGUAUUAUUUGUGAUGAGCUUCACUGGACGUUUGUCCAUAGUAUAGACAUUGCUUUGAUUCAAACCAUCGGUAUCUUAUCAAAUUCACCAUUUGCACCAUUAAUCAUUGAAAAGGCUGAUCACAGGUGAUCAUCAAGCUGACAACUUGGGUGGAUCUAAUGGCGACAUCGAAGUGACUCACGGUCACGUCAUCGUGACCUCGUACUGACCUCAUUCUGACCUCAUAGUGAUUCAUCGUUACAUCAUAGGGCAAAGUUCAAGGCAUGUUCCGAUAUAGAAUGUGAUAUAAGCUGCCAUUUUGUUUCCAUAGAUAUACUACAUCAUUCAGUUCCUUCACAAGGUCAUUCCACCACAUGCCAGCUUUAGAAACUGUGGCUGAAACCAACAAGAUUGUACAUUAUUGACCUCUUCUUAG